AUGGCGAGAAAGAGCAAGGGUCGACAAAAGGUGGCGAUGGUGAAGAUGCCUAAUGAAAGUAAUCUGCAAGUGACCUUUUCGAAACGUCGGUCUGGACUUUUCAAGAAGGCCAGUGAGCUUUGCACGCUUUGUGGCGUUGAGGUUGCGAUCAUUGUGUUUUCUCCUGGCAAGAAGGUGUUUUCAUUUGGGCAUCCUGGUGUUGAGACUGUGGUUGAACGGUUCAUCACUCGAAGCCCUCCCCAAAUUUCACCCACCAUGCAACUCAUUGAGGCUCACAGGAAUGCUAGUGUUCGUGAACUCAAUUUGCAGCUCACUCAGGUUUGCAACCAAUUGGAAAUGGAAAAGAAGAAAGCAGAAGAAAUUAACCAAACCAGGAAGGCAAACAAGAGUCAGUGCUGGUGGGAGUCUCCUAUAGAGGAACUCAACAUGCCUCAACUACAGCAGUUGAAGUUGUCAUUAGAACAGCUGAAGAAAAUUGUGGCAACUCAAGCUGAUAAGCUUCUCAUACAAAAUUCACAAGCUCAUCUUCAUUCACAGUUUUAUGCUUCCACUUCUAGUGGAGCAGUUCUUCCUUUCGAAUCCAAAAACGGUGUGUUUAAUCCAGAAAUUGUGCCUAGUCAUGGACACAAUCUUGGAUAUGGACGUGGGUUUUAUUAA